GGAUGUCUUGGCUAUGAUCAUGCAAAAAGCGUUGUCUGCACUGCCACCUCGGUGCUUUCACCAUAGCAGAGUGACCAGAGUGUCUCGCUAAAUUGGAGCUCUUUCUAUAGGAAGGUUUCCAUUGUCAAAGCACUUGGUGGGUGCUAGACGCACGUUCGCGCACUUUCCCUUCCGUUCUCAGAGGAGAUUAAUACGUUUGUUCUAGCGUCCCUGGCAUUUUGUCUUUCAUUCUUCUUCCAAUCGUACGCGAUAUCGAUAUCCGACUAACAACGUCAUCAUGAAUGAAGCCUCGAUAAUACUUGCUCGCCUCUGCUGCAUGUGCCACCGUAAAGCUACACGCACGUGCACGACAUGGAAAUGCAGCUUCUAUUGCUCGACAGAAUGCCUGCAGGACGACAAAUCCGUUCAUAAGCUGCUCUGCAGGGCCCAUCGAAACCACAAGACACAAAUUCUUCCUGAACCUGCAUUAUUCAAGGCCAUAUUCUUCAAGGCCAGAAAGACCGCGCCCGAAUGGGUAUGGGUAAGGAUGACGUCUCAGCCCGGCGACGAGGGCUUUGUUCUUCAAUACUACAUGAUGCUGGAUGAUCAGACCAAGGGACUUGUCAGCUAUGGAGACUCAAUCUACAAUUGCGUCUUGAAACGCUCUCACGACGCCAUUCACAUGCUCGGCUGUCUUGAAACCUGCCCAACUUUACCCGAUCAACUAUGGUUGAAUGGCGCCCCAAACUUAAGCAUGGGAAAUAUUGCGCACGAGCUACUAGAAUGUUGCAAAGGCAAUAUACUCUUCGUUGGCCAUCGCGCACAUCUGGACGUGACAAGUUUCCGGCAUAUCGUCGACAUGAUGUACAUGGAGUACGACAAAUCACUCCGCCAACUUGGAGACCAAAAGAAAGGCCACAUCCCUGGUAUCCGCAUCAACUGCAUUGGUGAUCGAUUGGUCAGUGAUCGUCCGACACUCGAGGCUUGCAAAGUCACCGGCAGCUUCUACGAAAAGGACGAGAACCUCCUCAUGUGGAUUGUCUCCAAACUCGGUAUCGAUCUCCUCGCUCGCGCUAUACCCCCGGCACUGCCCUGGAGAAAUCGUAGCGGCGGUUGUAACUGCUUGCACCAUGCUUGGAACUUCGGCUUCGCACAACUCAACCCUUCUGAGUGGUCAGCCAGCCUGGGUAGUGUUUACGUCGCGAGAAAAGACAAGAAGCCAUUGCUUGUCGCUCACAUCGCGGCUCUGAUGGCAUAUUUAUGCAUCAUUGGUAGUGCACAAGUUCGAGAAAUCCUGGAUAGCGAGGAGUCAUGGACACUGGUGUCCAAGUUUGAUGUUGCUUUUGAGAUGCACGGGGACCUGUUACUCCAAAGAGCUUCCAAAGAGGAUUUCGAGCGGUACUGGGCGAAAUGGAUGGACAAGGAAGGACGACAGAAGUAUGGAGAUGUCUCCUCACCCUAUGAGGUCUAGCGCGCGGUUGCGUUCAUCACGUCAGGAAGCUUUCACCACGCGUUUAGAAACAACACUAGUGAAUUCGAGAAGAAUGACAUGUGUCGUUGCACGGUGCGAGGGAAUCCGGCGUCCAGGUCCGUCGGCCUGGUACGAAUAGUGUUCCGGUAAAUGUGGC